AUGUGGCUUCGACGCCCUCUUUCAUUCCGAAGAUUUAAAAAAGCUGUGAGGCCUUUGAUUGUCGCACUAACUGCAGGCUCGAUCUCGUUUUCUUUACUCUUUACAUUUUGGGGAAGACAUAGCGACGAUACAGUUGACGAAUUCUCUGCGUUUCAAAGGACGAGCGGUGGCAUUGGCUCUGAGGACGAGAAUACUGUCGCAGCACGUGUACCACACGCUCUCAAUGUUCACGUUUGGCGAAUGCAAUGCGGUUCGAACGUAACAUAUUUAAAAAAGUCACUGUUCUUUCCAAAAUAUCCUGAUGAGGAGAAGUUCAUCAACGACUUUCAGAUUGAAGACGACAGCGUGGACUACGGUCAGAAAAUCUUUGGAUAUUUACAUCCACAAAGUAAUGGUUUGUAUCGUUUUGCGAUCGCGUCUGACGACACUUCGGAGUUGUGGAUAAGUACAGACGAAAAUCCCUAUAAUAAACGGCUGGUUGCUCGUGUAUUCACUGAAAACGCAUUAGCUUGGACGGGUAAGGAUGAGUUAGAUAAAUAUCCUGAACAAAGAUCCAAAGAGCCACUCCAUCUUCAAGCUAACAAGAAAUACUACGUCGAGGUUUUACACCAAAAUGUGAGUAGCUGCUACAUACUUUAUCGAUGUAAUCUAUAACACAGACAUGUAAUUCUAAAUUACAAUCAUACUUGUAUAAAACUUGUCCAGGGGCUCUCCUCAAAAAGCCCUACAGGGUUUGCUAAGAGUUCCUGCCCAAGUAUAUUUUUAAAAUUAUAAGACUGUGUAAUUAUUGUCACAGGGAGCCCGAACGCUGUUUUAGCUGAUAGAAAAAAUUAGAUAUAUUUACGCUGUAUUCAGUGUAUUAGCUAAUAAAAUAAUAAGAUGCAUUUUCCUUUGUUCCUGUAUCUUUAUAAGUGUCCUGGGUUCCAGAAGAUGUUUUUUUCUUAUCCAUACUGAUGGUUCGCGUUCGUCAACGAGGCGCGAAGCGCCGAUACUUUAUAUUAAGUCGUUUUGGAGGGGAUGUGAAUCCGAUCAGAGACGGUUAACAUUGCUGGUUAUCAAAUAGCCUGCGUAGCAGGCGCUUGGAAGUAGUGGGUGAUAGAGAGAACGGGUGCGCGCGAGGGAGACACGGGUGGGGUGUAUGGUGCUUCGUAAAUAAGAUGUUCAAGUUUCGUCUCGCGUUUCUAAUAUUGUUAACUAUUAACCGUCUCUGAUCGGAUUCAAAUCCCUUCCAAAACGACUUAUAAAGACAGUGACAUGAACAAAGGAAAAUGCAUCUUAUUAUUUUAUUAGCUAAUACAGCGUAAAAACAUCCAAUUUUUUCUAUUAGCUAAAACAGCGUUCGGGCUCCAAUCGGCUCCCUGUGAUUUCAAUAUUGUAUGUAAAAAAAGGGCAAAUAAAUUGAUUGAUUGAUUGAUUGAUUGAUAGGGCAUUGGCAAAGGGUUCGUGCGUGUAUUUUGGACUACAUCUGACAAAGAUCAAGAUUUUAGGAUCAUCACUUCAGAAUACCUCUCGUCAUUUCUGCAGAACAUAUCGCAUAUACAAGAGAAAAAAGUAGCACUGCACAAUGUGCUUUCGCCGCGAUAUAAGCAAGAGUUCCAUAAAGAAUCCAACCGCAUCAGCAACAAAUUUGUCAAGUUUUAUUCUCUGCCUUUCAUUUCGAAAGCCAGUUUUCUUCCUUCCUGCAAUUACAAGAGUAGUUUUGUACCAGGUGAUAAAGUUGAUCGCUAUGAAGGGAAGAAAACGGUGUUUGAAUCAAAUGUUUACCCACCGGACGAUACGCAGAUGUCAAGAAACACCGGAAUGCUGUGGACUCGUCCAAAUCGAGUCGCAGACAGAGAGGUAGUUCGGUCAGUCGUGGAUAACAUGGUUGAUGCACUUCGUCUGAGUUCCUCAGAGUAAGUUACAUAAAAAUUUCAUUAAAUGUAUAAAGAUGAUAACUAGCAGUAACCAAUGGUUAAGAAGUGUGGGAGACACAAAUCAAAACACUCAUAAAAAAAUGGACAAAUAUUCAGUAAACUUAAUACAGGUGUAUUAGCCUGUGAACAGGCCUUUGGUCUUUUUUCCCCAGACAGAGAGCCUGUUCACAGGCUACAGGUGUAUAAGAGCAUUGUUUUUAUCCUUGCAAGCGAACCGGCUAAGGACGUUAAAUAACUUGUUUGACUUUAAAGAUAAUAAAACCAAAACAUCUUAAAAAAAAUUUAGGUUACCUAACUAAUCGUUGACAUGUAGACCUGGCGACGUGCCCCUUAAAUUAAUUCAUUUUUGCCUGAGGCCGCGUCAUUUUUACGUUACUAGGGACCUAAAGCAAGGACGACGACGAAGGCAGUGAAAACGUUGGUAAAAAAAAUGAAUUUGCGUUCUUUCAAACUUAAUCGCGUCUAUUUGAACCCGCUCAAUAUGUCAAAAGCAGGCGACUUUUCUUGGAGUUGAAUUCUUAAGGAUUUUAUUCAGGUUCAAAUAGAGGAAGGAAAAUUCGUCGUCGUAUGUCCACGUCUCCGUAAAACGGCAAAUGGGAGGUUUCACGUUUCACGUCAAAGAAAUGUACUAAAAAGCGCGAUGCACGUGUAGGACAGCUGUUGUUUUGAUCACUUAACCUAUUGUUUCGACGUUGUGGUCGUCUUCGUAGUCGCUUAAGCUCCCUACUACCCGGCCGAACUCGUAUUACCUCAAAAACCAGUCUAGCAGCGCUUAUGGGGGAACUCCAGGAUGCACGAAAAGAGAUCAGAAAAAGCGUUUAGUCUGACAUUUCCAACUUGAAGGCGAAGCUAAAAGACGCAUUGAUGAAAUGAACAAAAGUGUGUUUCUCAUUACUUUUUUAGGUCCUUUGUGUGUCCACAAGGUCUUUCCAUGUCUAGACAUUAUCACAUUAUAAUAACCGCAGUGACACUGGCGAGCGCAGAUUUGAAAUCCUUAUUAAUGUGACGUUAUUAGGUCUUUAGGGUGUUCUUCGUCUUUAACUCUCACGAAAUGCGCGGCGUUGCCCUGGACAAAUAGACGGAUAAUCUACGGGAUAAUUCGAAUAAGUGAAGGACGGAAUGGGACUGAACCUCGGUAGAACACUGCGUGUGCCUCCGCUUCCGGUUUUUUUUUUCUUUUGAUUGACAUGAACGCAUGACAAUGAGACACGAACAUGUGUGUUUUUAAGUCUUUUGCGCUGAGGACAGUGUUCGCGUUUUGAUAGUCGACUUCUGGGCAAACAACGUCACAAACAAUACCAGAGAUACAGGGUCGUUAGUAACUUGUGCGUUAUACAGUGUUUUCACACGACAUCACGGCGGCCAUUGGUGUCCCAAAACAAUGAAACGUCGGCCAUGUUGGUGUCCCAAACCAAUAGAUCGUUUUCACUGUCACGCAACGAAAAAAUAAAUUGGAAACCGUCCAGUGGAAGAAGCCAAGAAAAUGAAAUGUUAUAAAAGACUAAUAUAUAAACAAUUUUUCCAAGUCUCAGGUCUUUGUGGCCCACAGUUUUUGAGUUAUUUGCCAAAACGUUUCACGCGCCUUUGUAGAGCUUUGUAUGGAGACGCCAUAUUGGUGGACCCUUUUGGUCCACCAAUAUGACCGCCGGAAAUCAACAAAAACAUCUGGAGUUCACUUUUUCUAUAAAAGCUCUUUCUUUUCACUCGAGAACUAGCAUACGUGCGCAUAAACAUAUCUUUUAAUACUUAAAAUGGUUAUUCAGCUGAAAAUCAAGAGGACAGGCUUUUUUUCAACGAGACAGCAUUCCUAUUUUGAUGUCACGCACUGUGCGAACUCGGAAGUUCAAAUUGUAGUAUUUUCGAAAUGAAACAUGCUACGGGAAUGGAAACUUGUACAAAGAUUUACUUUUUGUUUAUCUUCCAACUAGUGUAAAUAAGAAUUCGUAAAACCUCGCUAUUUUGACUUUACAAUUUGAUGACGUCACUGUGAAAACCAUCUAUCCUCUGGGAGUUGAACUCUUUUCUUAUGCAAACGCUUUCUUUUGUUCCAAUAAAUUUGCAUAGAUGCUGGCCACGUGAGUGAAAACACUCUAUAGAGCAAAGCAGAAAUCAUGCACUUCCACAGAACUGGAACUCUUCAAAUAUGUUUAUUCUUAAUCGUAGUUAACUCGUUGACAGCUCACGUAAUUCACCAUGGCUCCGUGACUUAACGGGAGUCACUACUUAGACUAGAGCGCAAACAAAAAAAUUUCAAAUUCCCAUACUUCUCUUUCUUUCUUACUCAUUUGGAUUUGAAAAGAUUAAUACGUUCAUACACUCAACCGUCAACCGUAAGAACAUCGCGCUAAAAACGCUUUCGGUGAAAAAAAGAGACAUCAUGUAGCUAACAGUAUAACUAGAUCCUUGUCUUUAACUAGAAAGAACAACUUUGAGGGGCACCUCAGAAUAAUUAACAAAAAAUGGUGGCGACAUUAGUUUCUCCUUGCGUGAAAGUUCCAUUGAUGGAUUGUCUACGUUCAGGAGCCCAUCAUUUGAUGGGCUCCUGCUACGUUUGUAAAUUUUUUUAGCUUUUUUUAAUCUCAUAUUCUAAUUUCUUUCAGGAAUUACUUUUUAAAGAGAAUUCACAAAGUUCUACAAAAAUCAGAUCCGGUUUAUGGGGACCGUUAUUCAGUUGAUCUGGAACUUGGCCUGCCUCACAGUGAAAAAUCAUAUCGCCUCUCUGAGCACGUGUAUCAAAAAAAGGGAACGAACAGUUUGUGUCUUCCCAAGGGAAUUAAGUGGAACAGAAACGCCACGGUUUACAUAAUACUCCCUGUCAAAGAUCAGGGAAGAUGGGUCUAUCAUUUCAUCAAUGAUCUCACGGUUGCCAGCUUAUUAACGGGUGAUAAGAACUUCCACGUUAUUGUUGCUGAUUUUGAGAGUCGAGAUAUCGACUUCGCCAAAGCGUUCGACACCGCCCUUCUGAGGAGCAGGCACACUAUUAUCAACUUGACCGGUAAAUUUUACAAGACGCUGGCGUUGAACAAAGCUGUAGAGCAAAUACAAAGUGCCCAUGAUCUGUUGUUCUUGUUUGAUCUUCACAUUGAUGUGCCCGUUGAUAUUCUGGACAGCGUGCGAAAGGUGAGUUAAUAGUGCCCUACCUAGCAGGCGCCGGUAAUUACCUUAUUACAGGCCUAGAUUUCCUCCUUCGCCCUUAAAAAAACCUGGCGCCUGCUACGCAGUUUAAGUUGAUACGUGUAGUUAUAAACUGGGCUUUUCGCAUGACGUCACGUCCACCAUGGUGUCGUUAAUCAAUCCUGUAGAAAUUGAACCUUUUUCUGAAUUGUAAAAACUUUUCCUCGUUCCAACAAAUUUGCAUAGUUGUUAGCCUCGUGACUGAAAACGUUCUAUAGCAAGAUACACUUCUUUUGCAAUUGCGGAUAACUUCCCAUUUUUUUUAUAUCAACACCGUUUUUGCAGUACGUGUUUUCAAAGAUCUUAAUGUCAAUUGUCUGUUGCAUUUUAGAGUAAAAUGUUAUCGUCAAUUUUGUUGGAGAAUUUCUUCCAACAACACUGUUAGAUUUCUUGUUACGUUUAAGUAACAAGAUCAAGUUUAGUUUCCUUAUUUCAACAGAACACCAUAGAAGGAAGAAUCGCUUUCUUUCCUGCAGUGGGACGUCUAGACUGUCAAAGUACACAUAUUGAUCAUCAAGGCUUUUGGCAGAUGGAUGGGUAUGGUCUUCUUGCUGUAUAUAAAUCGGACUGGAUGCGUUUUGGCGGUAAGUUCAAAAAAAAUCAUCAUCAACCGUCACAGUUGAGUCACGUGAUCUACCUAAUAAUAGAGACCUGAGCAUCGGCGACGAAAGAGACGACGGAGACGAACUGCACCGUGAAAGGACUGGAUCGAGAACGUCGUUCACGGCGGGAAAAUUCGAGAGAUAAGUGUUCAAAAUGUCUUUUCACGGUCUGUCCUAAACGAUCCAUGGUGCUUUGCCUGUGUUCCUCUCCAGCUGCUCCUUCUUCCUGUUCUUUUUUUUUUACCUCGGAGAUUUUUUGUCGGCCAACUUCUCCUGUCAAUUAUCUCUUCAAGAGACAGGUCUAGUUCGGUAUCUUUGCAAGUGAUUCCAGUGGUAUUUUCCUCCUGGCGUAUUUUCGCUUCAUGCUUGGUAAUCAGCAAGGUCAGUAUGUCUCUCAUCGAUCUUUUAUUGACUUUGAAUUUCGGAUGAUCAAGGCCAUUCAGGUCUACAGUUAUCUGGUUCCAUACAUCUCCCCUUUCCUUGCUUCUAUGCGGAUGUUGGUAGGGUUCCAUAACUAACAUUUCUCGGCAUACAGCACAAAAACAUGUUUGUCUGACCACUCCAUCUCCUUUACAAAGAAAAAUAGAACCAAAGGUUACUAAUGUUUGCAGACAAAUCAAAGUCUUGGAGAGUAAAAGGGCGGAACAGAUUAUGAUUUAGCAUCUUUUUGACCUGUAAACCUUUUUGCUUCACGAAAAGCUAGAAAACAUAUACAAGAAAGCUUCAAUUCGACUCGCUGGUGCUUGUUUACGAAGUCCUAUAUCAGUCGAUUUUCUGGUGUUUUUAGUACAAAAAUACAAAGAACAAAUACGUUGAAAGUCGAAUACGCAAUUGGGAUGAAAUUUCUUUCAGGAAAGUUGAUUUAGGGGGUUAAAAUACGAGUAAAUUUAUUCACGUUCACUGCUGGACGCCAACCAGCGAGGAUGUGCAGUAGCGUUCAACUCGCCUCAGCCACUUCCGGUAGGUCGUCGUCCCAUUCGUCGUCAAUGCUCAAGGUUCCUAAUAUUUUUUUGGGCUCCUACUUAAAGAAUAGGAGAGCUAUUGAAGAGGGCCGCAACUUCCUUUCGAGCUAACAAACGAUAGAGCAGGUAUUUUAUUUCAUGACUUUAUGUAGAAAGGCCACGGCUAGGAAAUCCGCGUUGAAAACUUCCAGAUUGUAAUUUAAACCACGGUUUGUGUAAAUAAUCAGUAACGAAAAAGGCUGUUCUUAAAAUAUAAUCCAGAGGUCUACGCCGGGAAAGAUUAAACUGGUGAGCUUCCAAUUUUUCGUAUAGGAGAGAGAUGAAGCUGUUUCUGUUGUCCUUACGUAAAAUUGUAUGGGACAAAUCGUAUUUUUUUUAACUGCUUAAUUUUGAAAGGAAUGAAUGCCGAGGAAUUCAAGUACAAAUGGGGUGGAGAAGACUGGGACCUAGUGGACCGCGUCGUGAAUGCUCAGUUGGAAGUUGAAAGGAUUAAGUACCCAGGCCUCUAUCAUCAUUAUCACACCAAGCAGGAAAUGUGGAGUUAAUGUACACAGCAACCGGGCCUUGUUUGGUUGGG